UCUGAUUGGACAAGAGGGAUUUUUUCCCCCUGCUCCGCCUCCUCGUGCAGCAACCAGACCAAACAUGUCCAUUUCACCUUCUCUUUUUAAUCUGAUUUUUUAAAACUUUCUGCAACUUGAUCUUCGUCGAAAUGGCGGUGAUGGGGGUCCAGCUGGUGGUCUCCCUCCUGGCGGCCAGCGUCAUGCAGAAAAUGGCUCCGCACUGGUCCUUUGCCCGGUGGCUGCUUUGCAACGGAAGUCUGUACAGAUACAAGCACCCCUCCGAAGAGGAGCUCCUCGCCUUGGCGGGCAAGCAGAAGCCAAAGGCCAAGCGGGACCGGCGGCUCAAUGGCGUGACGGAGGAGAAGCCAUCCUCGGUGCCGCGUGACAUCGACCUGCGCCUCGAGAGCAGUCCCAUCACGGCCGUGGACGCUCUGGUCCUGUCCUAUUUCCUGGAGUUCCAGUGGUACGUGGACUUCGCCGCCUACUCCGUCCUGGUGUACCUCUUCACCGAGGGCUACUACUGCUUCGUGGACCCGCGGAAAGAAGCCAACAUCGGGAUCCUGUGGUGCUUGCUGACCGUCUUCUUCUCUGUCAAAACCUUCUUCACGGUGAUGCGGCACUACUUCCGCUCCAAGGAAGGCGGUGAGCGCUCCGUCUGCCUGGCCUUCGCCUUCUUCUUCCUCCUCGUCGCCAUGCUCGUCCUCGUCGUCCGCGAGGACUACCUCGAGUUCGGCCUUGAGGCAGGGUUGGCCGAAGUCAGUGGCCGGAUGGAAGCCUUCCUGCGAGAACAAGGCUGGGAGUGGACGAUCCCAGUGAGCAAGCUGACCUUCAAGCUGGCGCUGGUGGGCGCCUGUUCCUUCCUCGGCGGCUGCUUGACUUUCCCCGGACUGCGACUGGCGCAGACCCACCUGGACGCCCUGAAGAUGACCGCCGACCGCCCGGCGAUCCAGCUCCUCCUCCACGCCAGCUUCCUCGCGCCCGUGAUCGUGGUCUUCAUGUGGGUCAAGCCCGUCUCCCGGGACCUCCUCUUGCGCGCCCCGAUGGGGAAGGAGACCGUCCAGAUUAUGUCUGAUGCCACCUAUGAUACGGUGCGGCUCUGGACCAUUGUGGGGCUGUGCGUCCUGCGCUUAAGCGUCACUCGAACUCACCUCCAGGCCUACCUGAACCUGGCCGAUCGGUGGGUGGAGCAGAUGAAGCGGGAAGCCGGGCGGAUCCCCGUCCUGGAGAUCCAGCGGAAGAUCACCCGAAUCUACUGCUACGUGACGGUGGUCACCUUGCAGUAUUUGGCUCCCAUCAUCCUCACUUUGCACUGCACUUUCAUCCUCAAAACUCUGGGCGGAUACUCCUGGGGGUUGUACCCCGAAGCCGACGUCACCCCCGAACCGGUCUCAACCCCUCGACCCGCUUCCGUGGACGGAUCCGGGACGGACGAGGUCCAGGCCACGGUGGCGCAAAUCACCGGGACGCUCGGCACGUUGGGGUCCGUCCUGACGCCGCUCUUCUACCGCGGACUCUUCUCGUUCUUCGCCUGGUGGGUCUCGGCCUGCCAGGUCGUCGCCACGCUCUUCGGCCUCUACUUCCACCGGCACUUGGCCGCCUCGUAACUCCGCCGAAUCCGGCGGACUCUCCUCUCCGCCGUUACGGACUCUGGGGACUUCGGGAUUGACCCGAAUUUUGAGUCCUGGUCGAGCUUGUCCUCUGCUUCUAUUUCGGGGAAGUUUCUCGAUCCACUUACAUUUUGGCGAGGCUCCGCUUACGGUCCGGAUGUGCAAAACGGCAGGAAUCCGCUCUGUUUUAGUUCCGAAUUUCGGGCGAUCGCCCGUUCCAUUUUCAGAUAUUACGAAGAGGACUCUUCGGAUUCGUGAUUAGGGAAUCCAGAGUUCCGUUUUCGUAAGAAUCUGCUCUUGUUUUCGUUCCAAAUUUCGGGCAAUCCCCCGUUCCAUUUUCCUGAAGAAUCCGGGAUAUUACGAAGAAGACUCUUCGGAUUCAUGAUUCGGGAAUCCGAGUUCCAUUUUCGUAAGAAUCUGCUCUUAUUUUCGUUCCAAAUUUCAGGCAAUCUCCCGUUCCAUUUUCCUGAAGAUUCUGGGAUAUUACGAAUUCGUGAUUCGGGGAUCCUGAGUUCUGUUUUCGUAAGAAUCUGCUCUCGUUUUUGUUCCAAAUUUUGGGCGAUCCACCGUUCCGUUUUCCUGAAGAUUCCGGGAUAUUAUGAAUUCGUGAUUUGGGGAUCCUGAGUUCCGUUUUCGUAAGAAUCUGGUCUUGUUUUCGUUCCAAAUUUCGGGCGAUUCCCCGUUCCGUUUUCAGUAAGAUUCUGGGAUAUUACGAAUUCGUGAUUCAGGGAUCCCGAGUUCCGUUUUCGUAAGAAUCUGCUCUUGUUCUCAUUCCAAAUUUCGGGCGAUUCCCCGUUCCGUUUUCAGUAAGAUUCUGGGAUAUUACGAAGAGGACUCUUCAGAUUCGUGAUUCGGGGAUCCUUCAUUCCGUUUUCGUAAGGAUCUUCCCAAAAACGGGACGGAAUGGAAGAUGUUUUCGGAACGAAAACAGAACGGAUUUCUGCCUUUGUAGAACAAAAACAUUUCCAUUUUUGGGAAGAUUCCCAGAGAUUGGAAAUGGAAGCCGUUCGGGAUUCGUAAUUCGGAGAUCCGGAGUUCCGUUUCCGUACGAAUCUUCCCGAAAACGGGAUGGAGUGAGGGACGGACUCAAAAUUCGGACAGAAAACGGAACGGUAACAGAACGGAUGUCGGCUGUUGCGGAACGAAAACAUUUGUUUUUGGGAAGAUUCCUCGAGAUUGGAAACGGAAAAUUUCGGGAUUCGUAAUUCGGAGAUUUAGAGUUCCGUUUCCGUACGAAUCUUCCCGAAAAUAGAACAGACUCGAAAUUCGGACGGGAAACGGAACCGAUUUUCACUGUUUCGAAACUAAAACAGAUUUUUCGAACACACAUUUUUCGUUUCACAGAUGCGUUCAGCCCAUUUACAUUAUAUCUCCUGGUUUACACGCCCCCAAAAAAGGCAGUCGUGAAAUUGCGCCGUUCCGAUUGGGCACGAUUUCGCGACCGCAUUUUUUUUCACACAUUUUUGUACGAUCUUUCACCGUGAAUCCGUUACGGGGAAAUCCCGGAACCGAACCGUCGCAGAUACCAAAGGCCUCCUCAUUGUACAACGUAUAUAUUUGAUACGUUUUAUGAACUGUACAUAGAAAUACAUUAUUAUGUUGGAUAAGAAAGAAUUGUAUACGAUUUGGUCAAUAAAUUGGUUAGCUGGAGA